GUAAAUCACGUGACUCCUCCCUCAGCUGUGUCACAGGUGGGCGUGGCGUCAGAGUCAAAGGAAGCUGCCCACAGAUCAUUGUACCUCGGUUAUCUUCGGUCAUAGUCCACUUACUGCCUUUCAGCUGCUUCACACUGCCUUCAUCGAUUCUCCAGGAAGCUGACGGUUAUUAACCAGCAGAAGAAGAAGAUGUUUUCUUCAGUGCUGAUCGUCUCUGUGUGUCUCCUCACCUGUCUCCUGCCAUGUGUGUCAGGUGAAGAGACGAAGGUGAAACCUGGAGAAAACGUCACUCUUCAGUGUCGAGGUCCCAGAGAUGCUGAAAUCAAAGUGAUAAAGUGGAUCAGACCUGACCUGAAGUCAGAGGAUUACGUCUUCUUCUACAGAGACAAACGGAUUUACGAAAAAUACCAGCUUCCAUCUUAUCGUGGUCGAGUGGAGCUGACAGAUCCAGACAUGAAGGACGGAAACAUCUCUGUGAUUCUGAAGAACGUCACCAUCAACGACGCUGCAAUAUACGAGUGUCAUGUUGGAAUAAACGGAAAUGAUCCUCAGCUCAUCAGCACCAUCACCCUGAAGGUUGUAGACUCAGUAAACGUCACAGCUGCACCUGGACAGACUGUCUCUCUGCCGUGUCGAGCUGCCAGAGACACAGACAUCACAGUUGUAGAGUGGAGCAGAGCUGAGCCGGAACCAGAACAUGUGUUUCUGUACCGGGACAAGAAGCCUGAUCCACAGAACCAGAGUCCGUCUUUUCAGAACCGGGUGGAGCUGAGGGACAGACAGAUGAAGGACGGGGACGUGUCUCUGACUCUGAAGAACGUGACGAGAAAGGACUCAGGAAGAUACGAGUGUCGAGUCCAGACAGAAGCAAACUCCUUACCUGAGCCCGUCAGCAUCAUCCACCUGGAUGUUCAUCAGAAAGGUAUCACAGAGGAGAGAGGAGACGAGGAGGGAGGAGACAAGGAGGAAAACAGCAGAGGACGUGUUGGACUGGGAGUCGGUCUGUCAGUUGCUGCUCUGCUUGUUGUUGUUGUUGUUGUUGUUUUGAUGAUCUAUAGGAAACGUAAACGACACAGAGCAGCUGUCAUAUGAACCUGCUGAUAGAACAGCUGUUUCUCAGCCGGUCUGAAGAGUCUCAGAUCUGUUUCCUGUUUCCUGUUUCUCUCUGAUCCAUGAAGAAGAAAAGAAUCAGAGUCUGAAGGAAACAGAGACAUAAAGUUCAGAUGAACAAACUCCAUCAGAGAGAAGCUUCUGCUCUGUGACUGAUCCACUGGUGGAAAUGAAGAGACGCAUACAGAGACAUUCUGUUCCCAUGACAACAAGUGAACCUGUCCACACCUGGAGCAGGACUCUACCUGGGAGGUGUGGUCAGUGACAUCACUCCUGGUUCAUUUGGUUUGUAUGUAUUUCAUGUUUCUGUCUCCUGUGUUGAUUUAAGAGGCUCAGCUCAGGUGAAGCUGCAGCGUCACUUUAAAUGUUGCUGCAGCAAGGAAUUGUGGGACGGCAUUUCUGUUUCCUAAAGGAGAUAAGGAAGGAAGCAGUGAAGCUCCUUUCCUCCGCUCUGAUCAUGAAGCUGCUCAAAGACUCUGAACCUUCAGGAGAAAAAGAGUUUGACCUUUGUGACCCCGCCCACCACACACCUGUUUCUUUUUCCUGAGAGGAAGAGGAGGAGAGGAAGAGGAGGAGAGGGAGAGGAGGAGGAGGUGAGAGAGAGGAGAAGAGGAAGAGGAGAGGGAGUGGAGGAGGAGGAGAAGAAGAAGAGAAGGAGAGUGAGAGAGGAAGAGGAUGUGAGAGAGGAAGAGGAGGAGAAGAAGAAGAGAAGGAGAGGAAGAGGAGAAGGAGAGUGAGAGAGGAAGAGGAUGUGAGAGUGAGGAAGGUUUCUCUCCAGUCGUGUCACAGUCUCCUCGUGUUGUUCUGAGCUCAGUGAUGAAGAGGAGAGUAAAAGCUUCAUCACUGAAUCCUCCAUUAAAGAAUCAAAUGAAGCUCUGAUUUUAUUUAGUGAUAAACUCAAACAGGAAACUAUUCCUCUGAUGUAUAUGUUCUAUCUACUGAUCGUUGUUAUUGAUCACUUGAUUGUGAACUCUUUUGUCCCUGUCAGGAUCCUGUAGGAAUGAUGAGUCAGUGUUUCCAGGUGUCUGAUUGGUCAGUAGUUUGGCAGUUGUCAGUUAACCUGCGCCAGGUCAGGAGUUCAUGAGUUCAGGGACCAGGUGACUCUGGGAAAUGAAGUCAGGAUCUGUUCUGUUGGUUACAGCUGCUUUAUUUCCUGGUUGUAUCUGUGUUGGUCUCAGCAGCAGAAGAACCAGCUGUUCAGACGUUUACGUCUCAUUAUGAUAAAGUGUGUGAAAUGUAAAUAAUAAUAAUUCUAACUCUUCUGUGUGAAUAAAUGUUCAUACAGUAUUUUAAUAUAACCUGUGAGUAUGGAGCUAAAAGUAGUCUGAGCUGUUGAACAUGUUGCUGCAGGUGUGAUCUGAACCAGCACACCUGAGCAGCUGCUGUUUUAUAGUGGUUCUGUUCAGUAUGAGAGCUGUAGCUGUAGGUUCUGUUCACCUCAGAUCUACGUCCAGACGCAGCUGAUACAAACAUGCUCACUGUUUUCUAUCAGUUCUACUGUCACUUGAAUAAAAGUCACUGCGAUGUGGAAAUCA